CGUUACAUUUAUCUGUAUCAAUGUUUUGGGAUAUAUAGAAAACCUCAUGUAGUCUGAUCGCCACAGUAAGUUUAUUAUGGAAACUCUGAACAUGUAUGAUUAAGGAUCAUUGUAACUUGUUAUUAGGUUAAAUAAUAAAAACAGGCAUUACAACAGCAGGAUCCAUAUUUAGCUGGGGAAAAGAAAUAAAGAGAAACAGGUUGGCUGGGUCAAAUUCACUGCUAUGAAAGUGUUUCCAGUUUUAUUGAUGUGUGUUAAAAAAUGACCUUGAACUGCAUAUCUGAAUGGCUCUUACAUUGCUUCAGAGCAGUACUGUAACAGAGGUUAUUUUUCAGGACCUUCUGGGUUUUUCCAAUUAGUUUUUCAUUGGUUUCCCCUCCUUGUUUCUGUCUGCUUCUGUGUCCUCUUGCUUUCUUUCCGCAUUUCCUAACAACAUGUUCAGUUUUUCCAAAACUCAGAUUAUCCACAUCAGAACCAAAAGGUCUUCGUAGGUCAAAGCUGGUUACCAUUCCCCAGGCAUAAAGACCACCAUACAUACCUUUCCUCUUCUUCUGUUAAAUGAGAGCAAAGCAUAAAAUCAGUCAUCUGUCUGUCUCGUUGUGAGUAAAUAGAACCAGUUUUUGUAUAGUCACACUCAUUUUGUUUUUAUAUUGGAUCUCCUGUGAAUUUUCUAAAAUUGAGAAUGUAGCAGUGGAGCAGUUAAAAAAUAUGACUGAACUGUGUAAAAGCUUCAAAGAGUAUUAAACCCACAAUGAUGUUAAAGUGAAACAAAAGUCUAAAUGAAUAUUGUAUAAUAAACAGCAUCUUUACAGCAUGCUUUAUGUUGGUUAGAAUGUGUUUUUGAGAAUGGCAAUGGGCUUUGGGAAUGAUGAGGUACAGCCACAGGCAGAAGUACAAAAAGCAUGUGUCCCAGCUGGCAUAUUCAGCCGAAGCACUUCCCUGGGCAGUGAUGUGACCCAAGAUCUGCAUCGGAUCCUGACUGUGCUAAUACUGACUGACCAGGAGUCCCACGCUGCCGUUCAUAAUUGGCCACAAUAUUAGCCUGGGAGGCAAGUGUUUCAGUUGGAUGAGCACUCCCUGCCUCAUCCCUCAACUGCAUCUCUUUUGAUCUAUUGUGCGUUCAGCCUGUGCCAACUGACCCAAUACGGCACGGUAACUGCACAGCUCAGAUGGUGGGCUGCAGGGAAAAGAAACUGUGCGUUUCUGAGGGCUUGCGAACUUGUGCGCACUCUCUCGGGUUGACAAAGGACGUAACAGUGCAGACACGGCAUAAAAGUUUGAUUUGCCGUAUCAAAUUGAGUGCUAAAAGGAAAUUACGUUAAAAAGUUUUCAAAAAGACAUCUCCCAAUUAAUAAAUUAUAGAUGCAUAUCUGGAUUUGCAUGGUAUAUAAUUAACAUUUUGGGAUAGAUAACCUACAUGAACCCUGUGAAACUAAUUUACUCAGAGGGAGGUGCAGUAAGGGCCAUUAAAUUAGACGCCUAUGUGGCUAAAAAGAAAUGGGGGGGGGGAAGCUAAUUUCUGCUUUGCACUUCAUAAGGUUGGCCAGGCGCCUGAAGGUUUGAAUGGAGCUUGGCCCCGUUUGUUUUCCAAUCCCCACAUUUCCACCUCACAGUCCCUGUGAGGAAACGUGGUAAUUGUUUGGCAUGCAGCAUGACCAGGCAGCCUCAGGAAUUUCCCAUUUCUGUUCAGGACAGCAGCUGAAACCCAUGCAGUCUCCUCCUCCAUGUUCAGCCAGACAGGACACCUCCUGACGCUUCCAUGGACGUCAAACGGGAGCCUCAUUGCUUCUGAGCCCUCUCCCCGACUGAAUCGCCGGUAGCACCACCCUUUUUCCGAAAUGAAAAUGAGAAAUAUGCCAGCGGCGAUUGGAGUGCUGCUGCUGUUCACGCUUUCCAGAGGGAUCGUCGUGUCAAUCGGAGACUCCGGCUUCACCAGGAAGGAGAUCAAGAUUGAGGGAGACCUGGUGUUGGGCGGCCUCUUCCCUGUCCACGAAAAGGGCCUGGGGAUGGACGAGUGCGGACGGAUCAACGAGGACCGCGGGAUACAGCGGCUGGAGGCCAUGUUGUUCGCCAUCGACGAGAUCAACCGGGACCCCUCGUUGCUGCCCGGCGUUGUGCUGGGGGCGCACAUCCUGGACACCUGCUCUCGAGACACCUACGCUCUGGAGCAGUCGCUGGAGUUCGUCAGGGCGUCGCUCACCAAAGUGGAUGACACCGAGUUCAUCUGCCCGGACGGGUCUUACGCCCUGCAGGAAAACACCCCUUUAGCCAUAGCGGGUGUCAUUGGGGGAUCCUUCAGCAGUGUCUCUAUCCAGGUCGCCAACUUACUGCGACUGUUCCAGAUCCCUCAGAUCAGCUAUGCCUCUACCAGUGCCAAGCUGAGCGACAAGACCAGGUAUGAUUACUUCGCCCGGACCGUCCCACCCGACUUCUACCAGGCCAAGGCCAUGGCCGAGAUCCUGCGCUUCUUCAACUGGACGUACGUGUCCACGGUGGCGUCCGAAGGCGACUACGGCGAGACGGGGAUCGAGGCCUUCGAGCAGGAGGCCCGGCUCCGCAACAUCUGCAUCUCCACCUCGGAGAAGGUCGGCCGCUCCAACGCCAAGAAGUCGUACGACGCCGUCAUCCGCCAGCUGCUGCUGAAGCCCAACGCCAAAGUGGCGGUGCUGUUCAUGCGCAGCGACGACGCCCGGGAGCUGCUGGCCGCGGCUGGCCGCCUCAACGCCUCCCUCAUCUGGAUUGCCAGCGAUGGCUGGGGGGCCCAGGAGAGCAUCGUCAAGGGCAACGAGAACGUCGCCGACGGGGCCAUCACUCUGGAGCUGGCCGCCCAUCCCGUGAGGGACUUCAACAGGUACUUCCAGAACCUCAACCCCAGCUCCAACUUGCGCAACCCCUGGUACAAGGACUUCUGGGAGCAGAAGUUUCAGUGCACCCUGAGUGGGGUGGGCGGGGACAAACCUCAGCACUUGCAGCCGUGCGCAAAGCACCUGGCGGUCAACAGCUCCAAUUUCGAGCCUGAGUCUAAGAUCAUGUUUGUGGUGAACGCUGUGUACGCCAUGGCCCACGCUCUACACAAGAUGCAUCGCACGCUAUGCUCCAACACCACGCAGCUGUGCGAUGCCAUGAAAGUCUUAGACGGGAGGAAGCUGUAUCGGGAUUACUUACUCGACAUCAACUUCAAGGCGCCUUUCUCUCCGCCUGGGAUUGACAGCUUUGUGAAGUUUGAUGCCAACGGCGAUGGGAUGGGCCGCUACAACAUCUACAACUACCAGAAGACGACGGAGAAAUACGGCUACAUCCAGGUGGGAGAGUGGGCGGAGACCCUGACCCUGAACGGCGAGCUGAUUCGCUGGUCCCAGGGCGGGGUCGCCACGCCCACCUCCCAGUGCAGUGACCCGUGCGCCCGCAACGAGAUGAAGAAGAUGCAGGCGGGCGAGUACUGCUGCUGGAUCUGCACGCCCUGCGACGUGCACGAGUACCUGGCCGACGAGUUCACCUGCGCCCCCUGUAGCCCGGGCCAGUGGCCCAGCGACGACCUGUCAGGCUGCUACGACCUGCCCGAGGACUACAUCAUGUGGGAGGACGCCUGGGCCAUCGGCCCCAUGGCCAUCGCCUGUGCCGGCUUCGUCUGCACCACCCUGGUGGCCGCCGUCUUCAUCCGAAACAACGACACGCCGCUGGUCAAGGCCUCGGGCCGCGAGCUCUGCUACAUCCUCCUUCUGGGCGUCUUCAUGUCCUACGGCAUGACCUUCUUCUUCAUCGCCAAGCCCUCGCCGGCCAUCUGCACCCUGCGCCGCCUCGGCCUGGGCACGUCCUUCGCCGUCUGCUACGCGGCCCUGCUCACCAAGACCAACCGCAUCGCCCGCAUCUUCGGCGGGGUGAAGGACGGCGCCCAGCGGCCCCGCUUCAUCAGCCCCAGCUCGCAGGUCUUCAUCUGCCUGAGCCUCAUCUCGGUGCAGCUGGUGCUGGUGUCCGUCUGGCUCCUGCUGGAGGUGCCCGGCACGCGCCGCUUCACGCUGCCAGAGCGGCGGGAGACCGUCAUCCUCAAGUGCAACGUCCGCGACUCCAGCAUGCUCCUGUCGCUCUCUUACGACGUGGUCCUGGUCAUCCUGUGUACCGUGUACGCCUUCAAGACCAGGAAGUGCCCCGAGAACUUUAACGAGGCCAAGUUCAUCGGCUUCACCAUGUACACCACCUGCAUCAUCUGGCUGGCGUUCCUGCCCAUCUUCUACGUCACCUCCAGCGAUUACCGAGUGCAGACCACAACCAUGUGCAUAUCGGUCAGCCUGAGCGGCUUCGUGGUCCUGGGGUGCAUGUUCGCCCCGAAGGUCCACAUCAUCCUGUUCCAGCCGCAGAAGAACGUCACCAGCCACCGGCACAACCUGAACCGCUUCAGCAUCGGUGGCGCGGCGGCACCGUACUCUCACGGUUCUGUGAGCGCUCAUUACGUGCCCACUGUCUGUAACGGGAGGGAGAUCGUCGACUCCACCACGUCCUCCCUGUGACCUCCAUACAACCCCUCUAACUCUUCCUCUUAGACUGUUAGCAAAUUUGCACAUAUUGUGCACCUCCUGUGAGCUAGUACCAUUAAUGUAGAAAGCGUGUAUUACAUUAUUUUUAAGGGCUGUACAUAAAAAACUGACAUUGUUCUAGAAAAACAAAAGUAAACUUUAUAGGAUGUUUUUGGGAGAGUUUGAUUUUUGAUAGCUUUACUAUGCUUUGUAAAUAACCAUAAACUCCAUUGUUAUACUGUACAUUAUUGAUUGGAUGCAGCAGUAACCCACUGACAUGCUGCAUUGGGAAUUUUGGACAAACUAUUUGUCACUUUAUUUUGUAGGCCUCAUUGUGAUAACAGAUUAUGUGUUUCUAUGUUGUAUAUAAUAUGUACAUUACUUUUAAACGAUGGUUUUAACAGCACAAGUUGACAGUGUUCCGCAAAUUGACAAACGUAUUUUAAAAAUGCAAUUUUGCUCCUCUAACUAUUAAUUGGUGUUUGUAAAGUCUGUAGGAUGUCAAGAUGCCUGUGCUGUCUGACAUUAUCAUCUUGAGUCACAGAGUGUAAUGACAAUUAAACAGUGGCAGACCUUGCUAAUAAUAUGUAACCUGUAGUAAAAUGUAAUGAUGUUUAUUGAUGAUGGCUUUUGUGCCUUAACUUGUCUUGUAGUUUUAUAAUGAGACUGUGUGCAGAUAGGAAGCAGAUGCAUCGUAUUGCCUCGUGCCAACUGCUUACAUUUACAGAAGGGUAUGCUGUUUAGCAUACAAUUUUUAAGGCAUUGCUGUUUUAGAGACACAGGUAUGUUAAGUCAAUUUGAGUCUUGCCAACUGCUGUUAAAAUAACAGGUAUCUGGGUUUAGAGGCAAUGUGAAUGUCUUUGUGAUGUUACUUUAUUUAUAUAUGAAGACCCAACAAGUCAUACUCUGAACUAUUUUUAAAAAAUGAAUUCAGGCAAACACGACAUCAGACAGCAGUUACAAACAUCUGUAGCGAACAAGAAGAUGACAUAUGGAGUACUCCCAAAGCCAUUCAUAUUUAAUAAAUUAUCAUAACAGUAAAGAAGAUAUUGUUUAGACUUGACUUGUACAAUUCAGCAUGACGUGCACCACAAAACAGAAUAUUAAAAUGUUGUACAUCAGAGCUUGCAUAAUAUGAGAAUAUGAGACUUGUCUUCCAAUGUAUUUGAGUAAUUAAAAUGGGGCACCUUUAUAUGGCCUGGUUCCACCAAUCAGAAUUUGCCACGCCUUCUCCAAGACAAGGACAUUCUGGAUGAAAAACAAUGUUUAAAAAAAGGAAGCAAACUCAACAUGGAGGUUGAAAUGUCUGUACUGAAGUACCACCUCUGCUCUUCCCUGUUUUGUUGUGUUCUAUUAUGGCAAAAAAUAAUUUCAUUUGCAUUUAAAAGGUGAAAUGUGCAAAUGAUUCAAUAUGGUCAAUAGCUAACUUUACAUUUGACCUCUUAUCAACUGUUUUCUAAAAUGUAAUGUCCAGCCCAUUGAACUUAGCCAAGGAUCUCAAUGGUGAUAUAGCAUCUGAACACACCCAGAUGCAUAUGGAAGUCUGUUGCUAUGGAAGAAAUGGAAGAAAACUGAAAAUGAAAUUCCUGAGAUGGCUGAAUUACACCCCAGCUCAUGUGGUUAAGAAAAACUAAACCACAAAAGAAAUGUGCAUGUUGGGAUUGCCACAUGAAGUCGUGCUGUGGAUUCGGUGAAGUAGCCUCAUGCCCCAAGUCAAACAGUUUCUGCAGAAACAUUUUUUGUCAUGCAGUAUAUCACUCCCCAGUCCUUCUCUUGAGAGAUACACAACAUGGCACUAUGGCCCAUGUGGAUGCCCGCAGCAUCUUUCACUUCCCCAAAAUCCUUUGGGAGAGGUCCUGGAACUCAGCUGGUAAACUCAGACAGCUUGGCAACAUCUCUCUUCUUGCCUCCACUGAGGACAUUGCAGAAGAGGACUGAGGAUAUGGCUGGCUAGCUUGGGGUCAAGUGCGGGGCCAAGCCAAAAGUGUGGGGAUCAUGUCUUGAAAAUAUGUAUACACCCAAGUGGUCUCCCCAAUGGUGCAAUGAGUGAGAUGGAAUAGACACUGUGCCAGGCCUUGGUUUAAUAAUAAAAACUUUCAUCCCAGCUGGCAAGUCCAAUUUCCCAAUUGUUCCCAUGCAGAAAAACUGUGUUGUCUUGGGCCAACCUGAACUCAGGCAGUAUCUGGCUAAGCAUAAAGCAAUAGUACAGUGCCAAUGAAGUGCAAUAACGAGGACAUGAGCACAUGCUAAUAAACACUAAUCAAUCAC